CCUGUGACUUUUCCUUCAGCUUGGAGUUCGGAAGGUGAGGCUCACUGGCGGAGAGCCAACGAUUCGUGGAGACUUUGAUCGGAUACUUGCGGAUAUUGGUGAGAUGAGGACACGCUUGCCUGAGCCAUUGUCCCUUGGGAUCACCACGAAUGGCAUCCGGUUGAAGCGAUUCCUGCCGCAGAUGCGAGCAGCGGGUUUGACCAACAUCAAUUUGAGUUUGGACACCCUGGAACCUGCAAAGUUCCCCUUCUUGGCCGGACGGCCUUUGGAAUGGCAUGCCCGAAUCAUGGACGUGAUGCAUGAAGUUGCUGCCCAGGAGGACUGCUUCAAGCUUAAGUUGAAUUGCGUCCUUCUCAAGGGGGCCAACGAGGAUGAGAUCGGUGCUUUUGUCGACCUCACUGAGUCUUUGCCAAUUGAGGUGAGAUUCCUGGAGUUUAUGCCCUUUGAUGGUAAUAGCUGGAGUGCCAACCGCUUGGUUCCGCAGGCAGACAUGAUUGAAGCCUUCCAAAAGCAUUUGGAAGUCAAAGGCCUGCCACGAGCAGAGCGGCUGCCACCAGACUCUUUGCAUGACGUCGCCCGGUUGUGGCAAGUGCCUGGAUGGAAAGGCCGGAUCGGAGUCAUCUCCAGCAUGACAGAUGCUUUUUGUGGUGGCUGCAAUCGUCUCCGCGUGACUGCGGCUGGUGAACUGCGCAACUGCCUUUUCGGCGAGGAAGGUUGGAGCCUCCUCGAAAAAAUUCGGAACGGGGCUUCAGAUGAAGCCUUGGUGUCCCAAGUUGGAGAUGCCGUCCAGAGGAAGCACUCCAAACUGGGCGGAAAACGAGACAUGUUUGAGCUCCGGGAACGCGGUGACAAGGCUUUGCCUAUGAUUGCUUUGGGUGGCUGAUACGGUCCAAAGACGCCGUACAGACGGCGAAUGGCAAGAAAAGGAAUGAUGCAUAGGAGC